UGCAAUGAAAACAGGAAGAAAGACACCAUGAGGAAAUAUUUCCCCAAAAUGAAUCAGAGAGCGAUGGAGGGAUAUUGUGGCGUGGAAUGAGUCGUGAACACAGCGCAUCAGCCAACAGCAGAUGGAAGAGAUCGAGAGAGAGAGGGAAUACGUGUUCCAUGAGCUGAACUCUGUGCUGGACAUCUCAUAUGAUGGAACGGGCGAUGGAGCAUUUGAAUGUACAGCUGAACCGACUGACGCGUUCUCUGCGUCGCGCGAGGACUGUGGAACUCCCAGAAGACAGUGAAACAGCUGUGUACACCCUCAUGCCCAUGGUCAUGGCCGACCAGCACAGGUCAGUUUCUGAAUUGCUUUUAAACUCAAAGUUUGAUGUCAACUAUGCCUUUGGACGUGUUAAAAGAAGCCUUCUACACAUUGCUGCCAACUGUGGAUCGGUAGAGUGUCUUGUCCUGCUGUUAAAGCGUGGAGCGAAUCCAAACUAUCAGGACAUCUCCGGCUGCACACCUCUGCAUCUGGCUGCAAGAAACGGACAGAAGAAGUGUAUGGGCAGACUGUUAGAGUUCAAUGCUGAUGUUAAUAUCUGCAAUAAUGAAGGUCUCACUGCUAUUCAUUGGCUGUCAGUGAAUGGAAGGACAGAGCUACUUCAUGACCUGGUGCAGCAUGUGUCUAAUGUGGACGUGGAGGACGCCAUGGGCCAGACAGCCUUACAUGUGGCCUGCCAGAAUGGACACAAGACUACUGUGCAGUGUCUUCUGGACAGCGGAGCGGACAUCAACAGGCCCAAUGUAUCUGGAGCCACUCCACUCUAUUUCGCCUGCAGUCAUGGUCAGAGGGACACUGCACAGAUACUGCUCCUCAGGGGAGCCAAGUAUUUGCCAGACAAGAAUGGGGUUACACCGCUUGACCUGUGUGUGCAGGGUGGUUAUGGCGAAACAUGUGAAAUUCUCAUCCAGCACCAUAGCAGACUGUUUCAGACACUGAUACAGAUGACUCAGAAUGAUGACAUUAAAGAGAACAUGCUAAGGCAGGUUCUAGAAUAUGUUUCACAGCAGAGUGACUCCAGCUACCAAAUGAUCUUGACCAGCUUGGCUGACGUGGCCACCACAAACGGACAUAAACUGCUGAGUUUGUCCAGUAACUUUGAGUUCCAAACAAAGAGUUUGCUCCGAAUUGUCCGGAUCUUCUGUCAUGUGUUCUGUCUUGGACCGUCCUGCCCAAACAACGGGAAUGACAUGGGUUACAACGGAAACAAGACACCACGUAACCAGGUUUUUAAGCCUCUGGAGCUGUUGUGGCACUCUCUUGAUGAAUGGCUGGUCCUCAUCUCCACCGAGCAGGAUAAGGAGAGCACAGACGCAACAACCUCAUCCUCAGGAAAUGACAUUGCGUCACUCUUCCUGAAAAAGCAGGAGGUCGACCCUUCUGUUUCCAGCGAAAAUCCCCCACUGUUGCUGGACGCCAAGUCAGUGAUGAAGACGCCGGAGGGCUACGUCGAUGGUCAGGAUGUCAUCUCUAUGAUAGCCAAUCGCCUGAGCGCUGUGAUCCAGGCUUUCUACAUGUGCUGUUCCUGUCAGAUGCCACACGGCAUGACCUCCCCUCGAUUCAUCGAGUUUGUCUGUAAGCAUGAUGAAGUGCUCAAGUGUUUUGUGACAAGGAAUCCCAAAAUCAUCUUCAACCACUUCCACUUCCUGCUGGAAUGUCCUGAGCUCAUGUCCCGCUUCAUGCAUAUUAUUAAAGGACAGCCAUUUAAGGACAGGUGUGAGUGGUUUUAUGAACAUCUUCUGGCUGGACAGCCAGACUCGGAUAUGGUGCACCGGCCAGUUAAUGAAAAUGAUAUUCUUCUUGUUCACCGAGACUCAAUAUUCCGAAGCAGCUGCGAGGUUGUGUCCAAAUCCUCCAAUGAGAAACUCAAACAAGGCAUUGCAGUGCGGUUUCAUGGUGAAGAGGGAAUGGGUCAGGGGGUGGUCAGAGAGUGGUUUGACAUUCUGUCCAAUGAGAUCAUCAACCCGGACUAUGCACUGUUUACACAAUCAGCUGAUGGUACCACGUUUCAACACCUGGGUCUGGCUCUCUACCAUCGCCAGCUGGUGAACAUCUACUUCACACGCUCCUUUUACAAGCACAUACUGGGCAUCCCAGUGAGCUAUCAGGAUGUGUCAUCCAUUGACCCAGAGUAUGCUAAAAAUCUGCAGUGGAUUCUGGACAAUGACAUCAGUGACCUUGGCCUUGAGCUCACGUUUUCUGUAGAGACCGAUGUGUUCGGAACCAAGGAGGAGUAUGUGCAGCUGGUGACGGAGCUCAGGAUGACCCGAGCGAUUCAGCCGCAGAUCAAUGCCUUCCUGCAGGGCUUUCACACUUUCAUCCUCCCCUCGCUCAUCCAGCUCUUUGAUGAAUAUGAGCUGGAACUGCUGUUGUCAGGCAUGCCUGAAAUUGAUGUGAUGGACUGGAAGAAGAACACAGAGUACACUAGUGGCUACGACUUGCAGGAGCCUGUUAUACAGUGGUUUUGGGAAGUGGUUGAAAAUCUCACUCAAGAAGAAAGAGUCCUUCUCUUACAGUUUGUUACAGGAAGUUCAAGAGUUCCUCAUGGAGGAUUUGCUUUUCUUCUGGGCGGCAGCGGUCUGCAGAAGUUUACUAUUGCCGCUGUGCCCUACACAUCAAACCUACUGCCUACCUCUAGUACAUGUAUUAACAUGCUGAAACUCCCAGAAUACCCCAGCAAGGACGUCCUGCGUGAUCGUUUGCUGGUUGCACUGCAUUGUGGGAGUUACGGAUACACCAUGGCGUGACGCCGGCUUCUGCGUUUGCUGAGAAUUCUGCUCUGUGGACACACGACGCACACAUGGCUCAGUUCAGGGAUACUUCCAACACUUUGAUUCAAAAGCCUUUAUAUUUGAUUUAUUUUUGGCACGAGGAAAUUUAUGACAAGGACAUCAGUGAAUAAUGACAUGAAUUAAUGAUACUUCAGGCACUGAGGCUGUUUUGUAUAUGUGAAAAAGAUGUUCAGGUCACAUUUCGCAGUAAAUUCAAAAUAAGGAUUUUUUUUUCUG